AUGGCGGGGACAUCGUGGGACAUGGCGGGGACACAGCCGGGGACACAGCCGGGGACACCCUGCCUGGUGGUCCCGGCGCUCCCCGAGCGGUGCCGGAGCCCCGGCCGCGGGCACCGGGAGCCCGGAGGUUUCGGGGACCCCCGGGAGGAGCCCCCGGAGCUGCGGGAGCGAGGUCCUGCCCUCGUGUCGCUGUCGCGGGUCGCGGCCGCCACCGCGCUGCGAGGGCCGGGACUGCCCCGGGCUGCGGGGACCGGCGUGCUCAUGGCUGGGGACACCGGGAUGGCCAGGAAGGUGACACUGCUCCUGUGGGCCCAGACCCUCGGCCUCACUGGGGCCCAGACCACCCAGCUCCUCGUGGAGCCCCCCUGGCUGCCGGCGGUGCUGUGGGACCAGGUGACACUGACCUGCCAGGGCUCGGGGACCGCCGGUGCCACCACCUGGUACAAGGACUGGCGGCGCUGGUGGCAGAAGGGACCUGACAGCCUCACUGUCACCGGGAAAGGCACCUACACGUGUGACAGACCCGACACCGGGCUCAGCCCCUCCGUGAGAGUCUCAGAUGACCUGCUGGUGCUGCAGGUGCCAGCGCGGGCCCUGCUGGAGGGGGACACGGUGACACUGCGCUGCCGGGGCUGGCGGGACAAACCGCUCACAAGUGUGAAAUUCUACCGUGAGGAGAAGCUUCUGAGGGGGCCCCCGGCUGGGACCGAGCUGUCCCUGUCCCCCCUGCAGCUGAGCCACAGCGGCCGCUACCGCUGUGAGGGCCGGGUGGAGUCAAAGUGGAAGCAGUCAGAGCUGGUGACAGUGACAGUGCACAGUGCCCCACCCUCGGGGGUGUCCCUGUCAGCGCAGCCCCCCGGGGGACAGGUGGCACUCGGGGACCGCCUGGUGCUGAGCUGCACGGUGGCCAUGGGGACAGGUCCCCUGUCCUUCUCCUGGCACCGGGAGGGCUCGGGGGCACUGCUGAGCACCAACCAGCACCUGGAGCUGCCCCACGUUGGGGACAGUGACAGCGGCCAGUACCGGUGCCGGGUCAGCGACGGGGACAGCGUGGCCCAGAGUGACCCCCUGAAUGUCACCGUGCUGGUGCCCGUGGCCAAUGCCACCAUCACCCUCAGUCCCCCGGCACACCAGGUGCGCGCAGGUGACAACGUGACCCUGCGCU